CGCUGGCUGCUGUUGGUUCGCCCCGGCGUGGUUGUGUCUCUCUGCCGCUUCUCCUGCUCCCUCCUGCGGGCCUUUACCGCUCUGUGUCCGGCAGGCGCGGAUUGCCGAUAUGUUGUCCCGUUCCCGCUGCUUCACCCGCACCUUCGGCCGCUCCAUCUCCGCCCUCCGGCAGAGUAACAAUGUCCUAGCAAGAAGAGCUGCUUCAGGCAUAUCAUCUUCUCAGUGCAUCUCAGUCAAGGACACUUUGAAUUGUGAGACCAGGCCCAGCAUCUUCCAGAUCAGAUACUUCAAGACCACUGCGGCUCACAGGAAUGAGGUUAUCACUGUUAAGACUCCUGCCUUUGCGGAGUCUGUCACAGAGGGGGAUGUGAGGUGGGAAAAAGCUGUUGGUGACACAGUCACAGAAGAUGAGGUGGUUUGUGAAAUUGAGACUGAUAAGACAUCAGUGCAGGUACCGUCUCCUGCUGCUGGAGUGAUUGAGGAGCUGCUGGUUCCUGAUGGAGGCAAAGUGGAAGGAGGCACUCCUCUGUUCAAACUGAAAAAAGGAGCUGUUGGUGCUGCGAAGGCGACCCCUGCCCCAGCAGCAGAAGCACCUGCAGCUGCAGCCCCUCCCCCACCACCUCCGACCCCUGCUGCAGCUGGGCCCAUCCCUACCACCAUGCCCCCGGUGCCACCAGUGCCAGCACAGCCCAUCGCUUCUAAACCAGUUUCAGCCAUCAAACCAACUGCAGCUCCUGCUGCUGCACCUGCAGACACAGCCAAGGGGGCCAGGUCAGAACAUAGGGUUAAGAUGAACCGUAUGAGGCUGAGGAUUGCUCAAAGGCUGAAGGAAGCCCAGAACACCUGCGCCAUGUUGACAACUUUCAACGAAGUGGACAUGAGCAACAUCACAGAGAUGAGGAAGGUGUACAAAGAUGCUUUUCUGAAGAAGCACAACAUCAAACUGGGCUUCAUGUCUGCCUUCGUGAAAGCCGCUGCCUAUGCUUUGAUGGACCAGCCUGCAGUCAACGCCGUUAUUGAUGACACAACCAAAGAGAUUGUUUACCGGGAUUAUGUGGACAUCAGUGUGGCAGUAGCAACACCAAAGGGACUAGUGGUACCAGUAGUUAGAGGAGUGGAAGGAAUGAACUUUACGGACAUUGAGAAAGCCAUAAAUGAGCUUGGAGAAAAGGCUCGUAAGAAUGAACUGGCGGUGGAGGACAUGGAUGGUGGCACGUUCACAAUCAGCAAUGGAGGAGUGUUUGGUUCCAUGUUUGGUACACCAAUAAUCAACCCACCACAAUCUGCCAUUCUGGGCAUGCACGGCAUCUUUGACAGGCCGGUGGCUGUUGGAGGCAAGGUUGAGAUCAGGCCCAUGAUGUACGUGGCUUUGACCUACGACCAUCGCUUAAUUGAUGGCAGAGAGGCAGUUACCUUCCUCCGUAAGAUCAAGUCUGUUGUCGAGGACCCCAGGGUGCUUCUCCUGGACAUGUGAGGAUUUAAAGAAACGCACAUGAAUGGCAGACUUCCUCAAAGUACCAAACGAGUUCCCAUCUCACACAGUGGUAAUGUCCCCUGAUAUUCCUUGCUGCAUAUGAUUUAACGAUGUUGGUUAACUAGAGAAAGAACACUUCACUAUGUUGGUUCACAAUGGUUCAUUCACUGGAAAGAGGGAGUAGGGAAAUCUAAAUUCGCAUGGGCUAGAAUUAUGGAGAGGGUAUUAUAGUAUAACAUGUUCUCAGCUGGGAUCUUAUUUUCUUAGCAGGAAGGCUGUCAUGCAGUUUCCCAAUGCUUCUGCCAUUUUUUAAACACUUGUAUAAUUGUAAUCCUUACACAGUUAAUUUAAAAUAAUUGUACAAGUUUUAUAAUUAUCAGUCCUAUAACUAAGUUGCUCAAACUGUCCAGUUAUUUGUCCCCUGAAUGGCAAAGCAAGCGCACUAGUAUACAGUAUAUUAUGUUUCAUAUUCUCUGUGUAAAGAGUAUUUGAAGAAGUUGUCAUCCAUCAAAUGAACAGCAGACCAGAAACACUGUUCCAUUUUGCCAUUGGUCUCAAGUUCUAUUUUUCUGUUUUUGUUUUGUUUAUUUUUUGUUCUUUCAAUGUUUGAUACAUACGUAACUAGUAUGUCCCUCAAACAACUGAGAUCAGACUCAUUGGGAACAGAUUCUGUCUAUGCUGUUUAAAGAAAUUAAUAUUUAAUGAGGAAAGCUUUUAAACAAAUAAAUUGAAGAAAAUGA